AUGACGUCAGAUAUCGCUAAACGUCAGAGAACUGUUCCAUCAGCCAAAGCAUUUGAAUUUAUCUGGAAAAGACCGGUUCCUGAAGUUUUGCAGACUGGGGAGCAUUUUGAUCGAUAUGAUGAGGAAACAGGAAUUCUGGAACCAAACUGUUUCGUUCGAGUAGAUAAAGAUGGUUUUUUUAUAUACUGGCAAAGUGAAAACAAUGAUAGUCAGCAGCUUGAACUCUCUCAAAUAAGUGAUGUUCGUUCUGGGACAAAACCUAAGGAUGAAAAGUUGACUGCACAAAUUCAAGAAAAAUCUGGCAAAUCAUGGGAUCGUAUUGUGACAAUAUGCAGUGGUUUAGAUUUGGUAAAUAUUAACUACACUCAUAUGGUAGCUAAAGAUGCUGAAACUGCUUCUUUUUGGAUACAAUCUCUUCGUAGUUUAACGCAUAAUACCAAAGCAGCUAAUGUUUGCCCUAUGACUCAAUUAAGAAAACAUUGGCUACGACUUACACUAACUUUGAAUGCUCGUAAUCGAAUUCCGGUUCGUGUAAUUAUGAAAACAUUUGCAUCAGGUCGUAAUGAACGAAUUGUAUAUCAAAGUUUAAAAGAUUUAAAUUUACCUCAUGGAAAGAAUGAUGAUAUUGAUCCAAAUGAAUUCCCAUUUGAAAAAUUCUACGAAUUAUAUCAUAAAAUAUGUCCUCGUACAGAUAUUGAAGAUUUAUUUAAAUCUCUAUCAAAAGGCAAAAGUCACAUACAUGCAGAUAAAAUGAUAGAAUUUCUCAAUGAAACUCAACGUGACCCUCGCCUAAAUGAAAUUCUCUAUCCAUUUGCUAACAAACAAACUAUUAAGUAUAUCCAAGAAAAUUAUGAAACACAAGAAGAAUUCAAAAAUACUGAUGAGGUAUCCAUUGAAUGCUUUUAUCGUUAUUUAAUGUCUGAUGAUAAUGCAUGUGUAUUUUUGGACAAGUUAGAUAUUUAUCAAGAUAUGGAUCAACCACUCAGUCAUUAUUAUAUUAAUUCAUCACAUAAUACCUAUUUGAUUGGACGACAAUUUGGUGGUAAAUCAUCUGUUGAAAUGUAUCGACAAGUAUUACUGGCUGGUUGUCGAUGUAUUGAAUUGGAUUGUUGGGAUGGUCGAGGUGAAGAUCAAGAACCAAUAAUCACGCAUGGUAAAGCAAUGUGUACUGAUAUACUAUUUAAAGUAAGUUUUGAUUAA